AUGGCAGGCGAUCGCAAACCCACGAUGGUGGCCGAGCACCUGGUGGCAGCCAACGAAGACUACCACAACAAGCUGGUCGAACGCGAUCAGAUCAUCGAGCGAUUGGAGGCCGAGCUCCGCGUCAAAACGACCGCGAUCGACGACGCGAACACCAUCAACGCGAAUUUACAGAAGGAGGCGAAGCAGUAUGAGCUCGAGCUCAAGGAAUCUCGGGGAAUGUACAAGAUUCUGCGCGAAAACGUCAACGCCAAGAAGGCUGGAGAGAGCGAAGCCUACAAGGCACUGGACAAGAAGUACAACAGCACAAAGCUAUGCUUCGACGAUGCACAGAAUGCCCUCGACAAGCAGAACCGCGAACUGGAAGCGUUGAGGAAGGAAAAGGAGGACAUGGAACAGGCCAUGCGGGGUGUCCACGAAGAACACACGGCACUCAUCCAACAGCUCCACAACGCCCAGGCGAUGGAGCGAGAGUGUCAGGAGGCCCGCGAUUUCGCGAACAGCAUCGGCCGCGAGUUUGAGAUGGUCUUCUCCGAGAUGGGCCGAGAAUUGAACGCCGCCACCGUUCUGAGCCACAUCCAAGAGCUUCAGACUGCUGCCAGCCAGCCACAGCGCAAAGCCAACCGCAAAGUCUCCAUCGCUGACGAGCUGGCUGACCACUCCGACGCCGAGAGCAUCGCCGAGAGCUACCACAGCGAUGACGAACACCCCCCAAAGCAAUCAGCAGCCGUCGAGGCCAACUCCUCUCCUGUCUACGACAAGUUCGAUGACCCAUUCGAUUCAAUGACGGAGGAAGAGAUCGCCGAGGCAGAACGUGAACUCGAAGCCGAAACAGAAGCCGAAGAGCUUGCAGCCGCUGCAGCCGCUGCAGCCGCUACACCCUCACCCCGAACUGUCGCCAACAACGCCAAAGUUGCCGAAAUCCUGACAGAGUAUCGGCCUGCCGGUGAAUCAACCUCACUGGACGUCCCAGUCCCCAAAGUCAAUUUUGAAGAGGAGCUCAGCAAGGUACUGGAGCGCAGCCAAMAGGUCGAAGCCGCACUCGCAAUCAAGACCGCCCGGAUCGAGGAACUGGAGGCCGCCGCAGCCGCACUCGCAACCAAGGCCGCCCGUGUCGAGGAACUGGAAGCCGCCGAGAAGGAGCGCAUCGCCAAGGAUUCCCGCACCACUCAGCAGAUCGUCACGCUGGAGAAGAGCAACGAAAAGUUACAGGACCGCAUUGACGAAAGGCCCUACCUGACCGCAGAGAACACACUGCUCAAGGAGAAGUAUUCAGAAGCAUACGGCGAGUGCACUGCCUUGAUCAAGGCCAAGGAUGCCGAGCACAGUAUUCGCACAAAGGCCAAGGACGCUCAGAUUGCCGCAUGGCAGGAGUGCAUUAACGAAGCCCAGUCAAACAGCCUCUUGAUCGGUCCCUUGGAGCUCAACCCCGUCUACAUCGAUGUGGUGCGCGAGAAGACCACCCUUGAGUGGUUCCGCGAUGCGCCGUUCUGGUGGCAAUUCCUUCUGAGCUUGAUGCUUCUCUUCCUCUGCAUGGGCAACCUCUCCGUCUGGAUCGAACGCAAUGCUUGGGUGAGUUCGAACGUGUUUGCCAUGGACCACAUCCGCGCCAUGGCCAAGCAAGGCAUCCGCGGUCCCAGCGCUGCGACUUUGUGGUUUGAGGAAAUGAUUGGUUUCGAAAGGACGAGUUUGGGAUAA